CGUGGCCCGUUAUCCUCUCCUCUCCUCUCCUCUCAAACUAAGUAUCCCGCCACCAUUCUCUCUGUCUCUCUCCCCGCCAUGACUGUACCAUUCAUCACUGCACAGAACUGAGCUCCAACAAUGGCGUCCCCUCUCUCUAUAUACUUCUCUCCAUAUUCUCUAGCUCGACCCAGCAACAAUCAAACUCGAAACCGUCAAAACAAAGCGAUACCACCCAGAAAUCUCCGUAAGAAUCCUAAUUAUGAGCACAAAACUCGUACAACCUCUCGCAACCUGCCUUUAUCCUCCACCUCCGGCGGCGAAGCCACCACCUUUACUCGUCUCCCUCCCAAAGACGACUUUGUAGAUUCUCCCUUCGAUUCUACAUUCCAAUCUCCGGCGGAAGUCAAGCUCUCCGACUCCACCAUCACACAAACCCCCAAUAAAAAUGUGUCUAAAGCGAAAAAUGAACUCGAAAAUGAUCGAUUGAGGAGUGAAGAUGAAGAAAUCGACGGAAAAUUAGCGUUUGAUUAUGGAAAUUUUGAGUUGUUUGAAAUAAAUUCAGAUUCUGAUUAUGGAAGUGACGAUGAUUUGGGUGACGAGCAUAAUAAUGAUGAAAUUUUGGGGUUUAUGGAUGAGGAGUUUGAAAAUAAGGGGUUUGAGGAAGAAGAGGAGGAGGACAAAGAGAAGCAAAAAGGAGUGCCGGCGGUGAUGAGAUGUUUUGACCGGGCAAAAAUAUACGUCAAAGCAGGGGAUGGUGGGAAUGGGGUGGUGGCGUUUCGGAGAGAGAAAUAUGUGCCGCUGGGCGGGCCGUCCGGUGGAGACGGAGGAAGGGGAGGAAAUGUUUAUGUGGAGGUUGAUGAAUCGAUGAAUUCGUUGUUGCCCUUCAGGCAAAGUGUGCAUUUUAGGGCGGGGAGGGGGGCACAUGGGCAGGGGAGGAAGCAGAAUGGGGCCAAGGGGGAGGAUGUGGUAGUGAAGGUGCCACCAGGGACGGUGAUAAGGGAGGCUGGCAAGGAUGGUGUUGAAGGGAAUGAGCUUUUGGAAUUGUUGCAUCCGGGGCAAAGGGCGUUGUUGUUGCCGGGUGGAAGAGGUGGGAGAGGGAAUGCAUCAUUCAAGUCGGGGACAAAUAAGGUGCCAAAGAUUGCUGAGAAUGGAGAAGAAGAGCAUUAUCUGAAUUUGAACAAGAGCAAGAUUUUAGAUAUCCUUGCAUGGGCUUACUUUGAGUGGCUGGAGUUAGAGCUAAAGCUGGUUGCAGAUGUUGGAAUAAUUGGUGCUCCGAAUGCAGGGAAGAGCACAUUUCUCAGUGUCGUUAGUGCUGCUCAGCCAACUAUUGCAAAUUAUCCCUUUACAACUUUACUUCCAAAUCUGGGUGUAGUUUCAUUUGAUUAUGAUGCUACAAUGGUCGUUGCUGAUCUACCAGGUCUACUUGAAGGAGCACACCGAGGUUUUGGUUUAGGCCAUGAGUUUCUUCGGCACACAGAAAGAUGUUCAGUUCUGCAACCAGAAUAUGAAUUUGAUGCGGUUCGCCUUGAGCUGGAAAUGUUUAAUCCUGAUCUUGCUGAUAAGCCUUAUUUAGUAGCAUACAAUAAAAUGGAUCUUCCAGAGGCAUAUGAAAAUUGGGUAUCAUUCAAGGAAAGACUACAUAUUCGUGGGAUUGAACCUUUUUGCAUGAGUGCUGUGAAGAGAGAGGGACGCAGGAAGUAA